CUGCCAGGAGGCGGCGCCCUGGGGCACCGGGGUUGGCUGAGCUGCUCGGGUGUCUAACCCGUCUCAAAAAGUUAAAACGGUACGCGUAUGAUGAGCACACGCGAGGAGAACGGACCGGGCGGUGAACCUAGGGACUCAGCCGUGCACUACAGAAACACCAUGACAGUCGUUGUCGUCCAGGACUCCGCUGAGUUAAGCGAGGCGGCCGCACUGAGCUGCGUGUCGUUUCCGAAGGGAGCCCGGCUACAGCGGAACCUUCUGGGCGCCCCUCUCUUCAUCGUCGUCUGCCUCCUCGUCUACCUUCUCCUGCGGAAACACCUGACCGAUUGCCUGUUGUGGCUGGAGAGGCUGGACAGCACUGCGGGAGGUCUGUUACUGGUCGCAGGUUUUACGGUGGUCUCCUUCCCCUGGAGUUGGGGUUACACGCCGCUAACGGUGGCCGCCGGUUACCUCUUUGGUUUCCUUCGGGGGCUGGCGCUGGUGAUGCUGGGAGUGGUCAUUGGUACUUGGGUGGCGCACGUCGCGUCCAAGCGCUACCUGCGAAGCUGCGUGGGGGCUGCGGUGAGAGGCAGUGCGCGCCUGCGCCCCAUCGUGCGCGUCCUUGAAGGCAGCGGCGGGCUGAAAGUGGUGUUUUUGGCGCGACUGACCCCAAUUCCCUUCGGGCUGCAGAACGCCGUGUUUUCGAUCAGCAAACUGGACACUCAGAGUUAUCUAACCGCCUCUUCUGCUGGACUGCUGCCCACACAGAUCCUCAACUCCUAUGUGGGCACCACACUGCGGACCAUGGAGGAUGUGACCAAUCACCAGGGCCUGGAAGGAUACCUUACUUUAGCAUUGCAGAUCUGCAUCAGCAUCUUUGUCAUGUUCUUCAUGGUACGGCAGGCACAGAAGGAGCUUGAGAACUCAAUUCAGGAUUUUGAAGACAUUCACAGAGGUGAGCACCAGAAAGAAAGCAACCAGCCAAGUUUGGAACCAGUUUGAUGAAGACCAUCAUGAGAACAUUUUAAGUAAAAUCAAAAUGGCUAUUGUGUCAUGCAGUUCCUGUACCAGCCUGCCUGCUUCAACAAGUUGGAUAUCAAAUAGUGCAGAUGGGCGCAGUACAGUAGCCAACUAGUGUCUUUCUCAGGGCUGCAGAGCACCACAAGCUUUCUGUGGCUUUGGGAACUUUCCAGUGGAGGCCACACCCCAGCACAGUGAGGACCUGCAUGUGCCUCAAGCCACUUUGUGAAAGAAGAACCAGCAUUGUGUGGAAUGCCAUCUGGACCAUGAGCAUAAUUAUUAUGUACAUGACUCUUUACUGCUAAAACCAAAGGGACCCGAGUAGAUAUAUCUAUAUAAAUAUACUGUAUUACCAUUUAAAUGCUCACAAAUCGUCUGGGCCUGAAAAGUAAGCUUUAUCUUUAGAAAAUAUAUUUACUGAAAGAGGUGUUUACCUUUAUAUACUCAGCGUAUGGUGAAAAUUAUCCAAACUCUGCAUAGUGCGCACCAAAAAGGAAAACUUUGAUGUUACAAGGGGUUAAGAGAAGUUAUGCGAUGGUGAGAUAUCGGCGUUUUACACCCAAAAUAAGGCCAAAGAGGCUAAAAGAGAACAAAAAUACUGCACAACAUAGGGCUGAACACAAGAAUAUCAAAUAACACAAAAAGAAUGCCAAAAUACAACUAAAGGCAAAACUGCUUUGCUGCUCGGGUCUAUCUAUAUGGUGCUCAAACCCCUUCCCAGUGUGGUGGCUCUUCCACUUUUAGACACGACCAAGCAACUUUCUCUCACCUCUGUACUCUUUUCCUCCUGCCAGUUAAGCCUUUGCUCCAAAUUCUCCUUCCAACUCCUAACUUUAUGUGGCUGUAAGUCACAUCAUGAGGUCACUUUAGAAUCCUGAAAUCACUUUUGGGAUCAUGUGGGACUGCAGAGACACCAUACCUGAACUUCUUUCAGCAGCCUCGGGUGUCCCUGAACGUUUAGCUGUCCUUAAAGGGCUUUUUGUCUAAGACAGCCACUACACUGUCCAUUCACUAAGGGAGUGGCAUGGUUCAUCUCCUUCAAGUUGGGAACUACAUAGAUGAGGGUCUCCUGUCAGUUCUUUUUAAGAUCACCCUGGAUUAGGCAGUCUGGCCCCAGUUCCUUACCACCUGUUGCACAUGAGGUCCCUCCUUGACCUUCGUGAUCAGGGAAUCCUGGCAUACCUAGCAACUGCCUGACCACCUGCCCCCUAGGAUCAUCAGGGCACAUUUAAUACUUCCUCUCAGUCACUUUCCUACUGGUGUUGGUACACUUUUGCUUGUAUUGGGUACCCAGCAUGCAGCCAACCACAAGCAGUCUCCAUGCUUCUACACUAGGAGUCGUAGGACCACUCCUGCUUCUAGUAUGACUUGUGCCGUCUCUGCUUUGGAGUUGUUUUGUGGGACUUUGGGCAACCAGGUGCUUAAAUGGUGGUGUUCUUGCCCUAGCACUCCAUCACACUUGUUAAAAUGACUUAUGACAGGGUAACACCUUCUGGAGAGCACUGCCUAUGUGCCCAGGCAGCUAUUUGAAAGACCCAUGUCUCCCACAUGUCCUGUGUUCUUACUCUGAAUCAGUUGUGUUAUGUAGGCUGUGAAGGUGAGGCUAACCCUCCAAUCCCACAGCACACAAAGUGCCUAAUGGAGUACUUCUAACCACUGCGGCGUUGCCUUAUUUUCCCUCUUCUAAGUUGUGUGCAAUAUCCGAUCGUAAGAGAUAUUAGACAUGUCUUCCAGUAUCAGAUAAUCACAUUACUUUUUGAUGCGUAUUGUUGAAAAAUGUCUAUUUUGAUUGUACCUUAUUCUCUGUAUGUAGUCUAAUGAUCUUUCUAAUAUUUCUAAUAAUUUUGCUAUUGUAUCUCUUCCCUCCCACAGGCUCAUGUGAACCAGCUCCAAAAUUAUGGUAAAGUCAUUAGGUUUUUGUGUAAUAUCAGUUAUUAAAAUUGUAUUCCACAUAAGUGAUUUUGUGAUUUCUACGGUGACUUUAUCCUCAAUUCUUGACUGCCACAGUCGGGAGUUUUCACACGUCACUCUAGCCAAACUCCGAGUCGACAGCCAGUUCAGGGUUUAUAUGGUCAUGAUUAUGCCAUGUACAUAGACUACUGAAAUUCUUACAGCAUGCAACAUGUUGGCAUACACAGUAUGCUCCAAUGAUGUAUUCAGGACCAUCUGUUUUGAGAGCAACACCAGACCAAAACUUUUAAUCAAUAUCAAGACUUGAAAAUUCUCAAUCAAAAUUUUGAUUAUUUUUUCUGGG